AUGGCUUUAUGGUGCAUACAUGACAACAUGGAUUGCCUUUUCCUUUUGCUCUGGAGUUUACAAGUCCCUCUGGUAAGCAGCACAUCAGUGAGAUUAUUGGCGAGUGUGUCGUUUGGGAACUUUAUAAAGGCUCUGCAGUUCUGUUGCUUCCACUCUGUAACAUCGGUCUCAUAUACCGGCGACCCCGGCGUCCUCUAUCAAGAUUACGAUUUUGCCACACCAGUGGAAGUGGACUCACUUGGAAGCUUCAUUUCCCACGAUGUGUCAAGACAUGGAAGGAGCAAGAGAUCCUUGUCAGAAGUUGGUGGUCCAGUGCAUUAUCAUGUCUCUGCAUUUGGCAAGGAAUUACACUUAGACCUGCAGCCAUCCCAUGUGCUGGCAGAGGGGUUUACCGUACAGACACUGGGUGCAGAGGGCAUCAAUACAGCCACCCUUGACCCUUCUAUUCAUAACUGUCUCUAUCAGGGUUCCAUCCGAAACCAUUCUGAAUCCUCUGUGGCUAUAUCCACCUGCACAGGUCUGUCAGGUCUGAUCCGGUUCUCCGGCGAGGAACUUCUCAUCACUCCGCUACCGCAGCAUUUGGCUUUACAACACAACUACAGCGCCCCCUCUGGACAUCACCCACAUGUCAUCUACAAGCGAUCAGCUGAGCGCAGAGUGCACGCUGAUAAGACUGACUGGUCCAGCAGUGUUAAAUCAAACAACCCCUACGAGAGCCACCACCGUCAUCACCACCACCUCCACCAUCACCAUGAGUACCAGCACGGAAAGCUCCAGAGACAACACUUCUGCGGACGCCGCAAGCAAUAUACUCCCAAGCCUCCUACAGAGGAUCAUUUUGUCAUGCCUGAUGAGUUCGAGCAGCAAAGCCGGGUGAAGCGCUCAGAGAUUACAUCAAGCAAAGAGGGUGGCCUGAAUGUGGAAACUCUGGUGGUGGCAGACAGGAAGAUGCUGGAGAAACAUGGCAGAGACAACGUCACUACCUAUGUCCUUACUGUCAUGAACAUGGUCUCCAGUCUAUUCAAAGAUGGAACUAUUGGAAAUGAUAUCAACAUUGUUGUGGUCAGCCUCCUCCUACUUGAGAAAGAUCCGCUGGGUCUGUCUAUCAACCACCACGCAGACCAAUCACUCAACAGCUUCUGCCAGUGGCAAUCAGGCCUGAUAGGUAAAAACGGCAAGCGGCACGACCUGGUUAACUAGGGGUCGACCUCUGUCGACAGUAUGUCUUGGAAAAAGGAAAAACAUAUCUUCCACCCAUGUUUUGCUCUUUCUGUCCUUUCUGACUUCCUGUCUGCAGGUUUCGCUCCAAUAAGUGGGAUGUGUAGCAAGCAUCGUAGCUGCACGAUUAAUGAAGAUACGGGGCUGGGCCUCGCUUUCACCAUCGCCCACGAGUCAGGACAUAAUUUUGGAAUGAUCCAUGACGGAGAGGGGAAUCCCUGCCGGAAGACUGAAGGGAACAUAAUGUCUCCCACAUUGGCUGGGAAUAAUGGUGUUUUCUCAUGGUCUGCCUGUAGUCGGCAAUACUUGAACCGAUUUUUAGGUACAGCUCAGGCUUCGUGUCUAGUGGACGAGCCCAAGCAGAUAGGCCAGUACAAGUACCCCGAGCAGCUUCCAGGUCAGCUGUAUGAUGCUGAUAUACAGUGCAAAUGGCAGUUUGGCUCGAAAGCUAAACUGUGCAGCCUGGACUUCGCAAAGGACAUGUGUAAAUCAUUGUGGUGCCACAGAACAGGACACCGGUGUGAGACCAAGUUCAUGCCUGCUGCCGAGGGCACCAUCUGCGGACCAGACAUGUGGUGCCGGAGAGGACAGUGUGUCAAAUUUGGUGAUCAUGGUCCUAGAGCAGUGCAUGGCCAGUGGUCGGGCUGGUCCGAGUGGUCUGACUGUUCACGCACCUGUGGUGGAGGGGUCAUGUACCGAGAACGAUCCUGCAACAGCCCCAGCCCACAGCACAACGGCAAGUUCUGCCAAGGCCCCAGUCGACUGCACCAGCUGUGUAACACCAAGCCAUGCCAGCCCAAUGGAGUGGACUUCAGAGCUCAGCAGUGCACCGAGUACAACAGCAAACCCUUCAGGGGAUGGUACUACAAAUGGAAGCCAUACACCAAAGUGGAAGAAGAGGACAUCUGUAAGCUGUACUGCAUUGCUGAGGACUUUGAUUUUUUCUUCGCUAUGUCCAGCAAAGUCAAAGAUGGGACGUCUUGCUCUGACUACAAAGGAGGCGUGUGCAUUGAUGGGAUAUGCAAGCCGGUGGGCUGUGACCAGGUGUUGGGAUCAAAGGCCACUUUGGAUGCCUGUGGAGUGUGUAAAGGAGACAACUCCACCUGCAAGUUCUACAGUGGCCAGUACACCCUCCAGCACAGAGCCAACGAAUAUUACCCUGUUGUGAUGGUUCCCGCUGGAGCGAGGAGCAUCAGGGUGCAGGAGAUGGAGAUCUCCACCAGCUACCUGGCUGUCCGCAGUCUGAAACGUGGUACCUACUACUUGACGGGGGACUGGACGGUGGACUGGCCUUGCAGGUUCCAGUUCGCAGGCACUACGUUCAACUAUCAACGCUCUUUCAACCGGCCUGAGACCUUGUACGCUGCAGGCCCCACUAAUGAGACCCUGCUCUUUGAAAUUCUUCUUCAGGGUAAAAAUCCUGGUAUAUCAUGGGAAUACACUCUACCACAUCCGGAGAAGAAGCACAACUACACCUGGUCCGUGGUGCGCUCUGACUGCUCGGCGCCUUGUGCUGGGGGUCGGGUCUCGACGAAAGCCAUUUGUUUGCAGGAUCAGAACACGCAGGUCAACUCUUCACUCUGCAAGCCUGAGACCAGACCUGUGGUGGGCUCUCACCUGUGCAACACACAGCCCUGCCCUGCCUAUUGGACGACAGGUAAAUGGGGAGUGUGCAGUAGAACAUGUCGAGGUGGGCAGCAGACGCGAAACAUCCGCUGCAUGAGGAAGGUGACAUACCAGCGGGAGGAGGUGGCGGCUCACUCCUUAUGUCCAGUAAUGGCUCCGGCCCAACUACAGCCCUGCAACACACAGGCAUGUCCACCGGAGUGGAGCACCGGCUCCUGGUCACAGUGCUCUAAGACCUGUGGACGAGGGUUGAAGAAGCGCAGUGUUUUCUGCAGGAGCACCGAUCCAGGUGCCAGGGCUGUGGUGGUGCCUGACAGCAUGUGUAAAUUACACCUGAAGCCCAAAGCCCAGGAGACCUGUGUGCUGAGCCGCUGCCCCAAGAAUGAGCGUCUUCAGUGGAUAACUACCGCCUGGGGAGAGUGUUCGGCCUCCUGUGGAGCAGGAGUAAAGAGAAAAGAGCUACAAUGUGGGGAGAAAGACUCCCAAGGAGGCUACACAGAGUUCCCUGCAAGGAGGUGCAGGAACCUCCACAAACCCCAAGCAGACCUUCAACAAGCUUGUAAUAAUGGCCCCUGCCCAGAGCCCCCACCUCCCCAGCUCCUCCAGCCUGGCCCAGACAGGGGCGGCGCUUCCGUGACUCUGGGCUGGUACUCCUCUCCUUGGCUGCAGUGCACAGUGUCCUGUGGUGGUGGGGUGCAGACACGUAGCGUUCAGUGUCUGAGACAAGGGCGUCUGUCAGUGGGCUGUUUACCUCAUCAGAGACCCAUAAGCACACGGGCCUGCAAUACACAUUUCUGUCCUGGUCCAAUCCCAGCCCCUGUCCCACCUCCCUCACCUACACUUAAAGAAAACCAGCCUUGCAUCGACUUCUUCAGCUGGUGUCAUCUGGUGCCUCAGCAUGGUGUUUGCAAUCACAAAUUCUAUGGUCAACAAUGCUGCAAGUCCUGCUCCGCCAAAAGACAGUAAAGCAGAAGACCUUCCCAUGAGCCUCCUCACUGACUCUGAGAUCUGUAAAUCAUUGUCCUACAGAUAACCACUAUGGAGUAUAGCAAGUUGAUAUUUGCGAGAUGUGGUAAAGAGGCAUUCCACUGGACCAUGUCUUGAGAGAUAAUGAGAGCCUGGUAUCCGAGGAACUCGAGAAACUCUGUACAUUGGAAAACUGCACCUGGUUCUGGCUUCAUCAGUGGUGUAUCAUAACUAGAAUUGUGGUUCUUCAAUAACCAAUCUGCAAAACUUUUAUAUUGUAAAUAUCUCUGCUUGUUCUUUUAUGAUUGGAGACGUGACCAGAGGUUAAAGCCAUUAAGAGACUUCCAUCAUCAGUUCAUUUGUAUGCUACAUUGAAGACCACCAGAUGAACACUGGUGUGACUGUGCUCAUAUGAAGUACUGUAGAAUUUCGGUCAAGUCUUUGAGCUCUAGGUGAACCCAUGAGACUCUAUGUUUACCAGCAGAUCUGUACAGAACUGAGGGAUGAUUCACACAGUGUUCCACUGCACUGCUUUUUAAUAAUUUCAUCUAUGUAUACAUGUUCUCGAUGGUUGUCCGUUGCUUCAUGUCUUGCUGCUUUUUUAACCUCUUGCAUGUGAGUGCUUUUUUUAAGACAAGUGUCGAGUUAAGAGAAGUUGAACGUUUGACACAGCACAGCUCAUAGAUGUCAGUUUCAAAACAGUGGGCCAAUCAGAGGAAACCAGGGGCAAGACAAACAUCAGUAACAACUGUUCAUCAUUUGUUGGAGGAAGAGUUUAGCUAUAGCCACUGUGAUUUUAUUAUUAUCUUAAUUUUAAAAACAGUACUUUUCACAGGCAACAGCUCUUCAGCCUGUAAUCGUUUAGUCUAAAGGUGUGGUCACAUUAGUGAAAUUGUAGUGAAAUUUUGCAUCAAAAUUGUCCCUUGUCUAAUGUUAGUAGUGUAGUGAUAUAUGAAGCACAGCUCACACAGAAGUCACUUUCAAACCAAGCAACUUUAUUUGUUGGUCAACGCAACAAAUCUAUGUUUCAAAACUUGAACCUUUUAUAAAAUCUGCAUGGGGAAAUCAUUCUUCCUCAAGCAAAAGUUUUGAUCGCAUGGAUUCCUAUUGAAAUGACUGGAAUUUGCUGAACAACGGUAAAUGUGACCACACCUUAAUACCGCCUGCUUUACAUGACUGCUUUAGUUUGAAUCAGUGAAUGUGCUGAAUCAGUGUUUUUGGUGCAAUAAGAAGUGCAGCACACAUUCUAAUUUUUUUUCACAAAAUAAUUAAACAUAUAUUUUAUUAGUUCACUAUAAAAAAAACACUCUGUUCUUGUAUAUAUAUGAACUAACUUCAACUUUUCCUCCUGUCAUGAGAGCAUCCACAUCUCUACCAUUCAGGCUUCUGAUUUUAAUACACAUUAACAUGCAUCAGUUUUCUCUGUGAAACGUGUAACCUGUAAGGUUGAGUCACAAUCCCGUCUGAUCGCCACAGAAGACUAAAGCAGACAAGAUGGAUUUAUCAUUAAUGAAGAUCAGUGCUUCUGCUGAAAUAUAUAGUGGGUCCAUUGGCGAAUGAACUAAGUUUGUGUAUGACUGCCAGUAUGUGUGUGAAAUUUGUCUGCGGUUCAUGCAGCGCUGUCUCUCAUGCGGUGUGCGAGAGGGAUGAGCUCGUCCCAGAUGUGUGUCAGAGAGAGUAGAGUAGGUUGCUCUCAGUCACUUUGUAGGGACCAAUUAGUGUGCAGGAGUGAGUGUCAUGUUCAGGAGGAAGAGAAGCUAACAAACCCAAGCCUCUCAGGACUUGGGACCUCAUCUCAGGUUACUUUGUUAGUGCUCUUCAUCUCUUUCUGUUUGCUGCAGUUGUUGGGCCACUAUUUUGUGCUUAACCGAAGAGUGGAGUCUCACCUUAGUAAUCCUUUCCCAGGGUUCAGGUAUGAUGGUCCUGCUCUGACAAUAAACAUUGGAGCAGAUGGCACAUGAGGUGUAGCAGAAGGACUCAUUCUGUCCUCAUUUCCUUCCAAACACUUCAUUAACAGUCCCCAACCCCUUGAAGGGAUAUUUGCAUACACUAAUAAGUGCAAAAGGUCAUUUUUAAAAGUAGAUGUUGCACUGCAGGGUGCUCUGUCCUUUUUUCCUGAACCAUUUUAAACAGUACUUCCGUUUAUUAGUUGUAUAACUUCUGGAUCUCCAUUAGUGAACUCUUGGUCUCACAGUGUGUUUCAUUUGUUCAUUAUUUGACUUUAAAAGUGUUCCUAAUCACGAACAAAUAGAAAAAUACAUCGUUUAGCCUUGUUGUGAUCUUACGUAUGUUGUACAAAUGUCUUUCAUCACUGUCUGAAUUGAAAAAGGGUGUAAUUUAUUAUGUCAAAAAUAGUUCCUGGGCUACAGUGUUGUCUGGAGAGGAGCUUUCUUUAUAAUAGCACACUGCAAGUGUGAUAUUUAAUAUUUUCACUGAAAGUUUUAU